AUGUCGGCGGCUUCAUCUGCUGGCUCGGAUUCGGAGGAUGACCGAAUGACAACUCGCUCCGCUCCCGCCACCACCUAUCGACCCAUUGCGCCACUUCCGCUCUCACCGCGCGCCACCUCUCCAUCCUCACGCUCCACCGCAGGAGGCGAGGCGAGCUACUCGAUGCAGAGUCGACUCCACAACCAAAGCAACAGCGACGCUGCAUCCAUCGCAUCGUCCAACUCGAACUCCAACUCGAACUCUUCUUCCUCUUCUACAAAGGCCGCGCCGGCACCUGCGAUGCGACACGCGCUUCCACCCAAACCCGUCACUGCCAUGCCUGGAUCGUCGUCUUCUGCCGCUGGUGCUUCUGGCAGCAACUUGAACGGUGCUACCUCUUCUUCCGCCUCGUCCGCAGCAGCUGCUGCUAAAGCCAACACCGCCAAGCGCUCUCGUGUUGACUCGUCGCUCGUCCCGCAAGUGCCCAAGGUCCCCAAAACCGCAACAGAAAAAGAAAACACCCCUCGCCUCAUCGUCGUUCUCGAACAAGCAUGUCUCGAAACCUACAAGGUCUCCACCGGUUCUGCCAGCCGCGGCCCUUCUGGAGGAGGCGGACGCAACAACAAGGACGGUGGUGACAAGUACGCACUUCUCAACUGCGACGACCAUCAGCGUGUGCUCGCUAAGAUGGGCCGCGACAUCGCAGAAGCACGUCCCGAUAUCACCCACCAGUGCCUGCUCACGCUGCUCGACUCGCCGCUCAACAAGGCCGGCUUGCUUCAGGUCUACAUCCACACCGCCAAGGGUGUGCUGAUCGAGGUCAAUCCGCACGUGCGCAUCCCGCGAACGUUCAAGAGAUUCUCGGGCCUGAUGGUACAGCUGCUGCACAAGCUCAGCAUCCGCUCCAUGGGUGGCUCCGAGAAGCUGUUGAGGGUGAUCAAGAAUCCGGUCACAGACCAUUUCCCCAGCAACACGCACAAGAUCACCCUCUCGUUCGACUCGCCCGUUCAGAGACUCAGUAACUACCUGCCGAGUAUUCCCGAGAACCAUAGCAUUGCCGUGUUCGUCGGCGCCAUGGCUCAUGGAAAGGAUAACUUUGCAGAUGGUGUCGUGGAUGAGAAGAUCUCGAUUUCCGAGUACUCGUUGAGUGCUUCUGUUGCGUGCGGCAAGUUUUGCUGCGCUCUCGAAGACUUUUGGGGAGUCGUUUAG